AUGAGAAAGAUGCCUGAGCACAGCGGUAGCUAUAGACCUGUAAGCAUACAGGGAAACAAGAUCCGUUACCGAGGUGCUGCCCAAGAAAGCCCUAAAAUGGGAGUGAAAAGAUUGCAGAAGAGAUUUCUCCACAAGGAUGGCAGCUGCAAUGUGUACUUCAAGCACAUCUUUGGGGAAUGGGAGAGCUAUGUAGUGGACAUAUUCACCACGCUGGUGGACAUCAAAUGGCGCCACAUGUUUGUGAUAUUCUCCUUGUCCUAUGUUCUUUCCUGGUUGUUUUUUGGGCUAGUCUUCUGGCUGAUAGCAGUGCAGCACGGAGAUAUAUUCAACGAUGAGGAAAUAACCCCUUGUGUUGCAAACGUCCACAGCUUCACAGGAGCAUUCCUCUUCUCCCUGGAAACCCAAACCACCAUCGGCUACGGCUACCGCUGCGUGACAGAAGAGUGCUCUGUUGCAAUCCUCAUGGUCAUCCUCCAGUCGGUAUUGAGCUGCAUUAUUGACACCUUCAUAAUCGGAGCAGCCCUGGCAAAAAUGGCCACGGCUCGCAAAAGAGCUCAAACCAUUCGGUUCAGCUACUAUGCUGUCGUUGGCCUGAGGGAUGACAAAUUCUGCCUGAUGUGGCGCAUUGGUGAUUUCCGCCCGAACCACAUGGUUGAGGGCUCUGUACGAGCUCAGCUGCUGCGCUACAAGGAAGACAAGGAAGGGAGAAUGACAAUGGAAUACAAGGACUUGAAGCUGCUUAAUGAUCAGAUCAUACUUGUUACGCCCGUGACAGUUGUACAUGAAAUCGAUAGUGAGAGUCCCCUGUAUGGUCUCGACAGGAAAGCUCUGGCCAAGGACACCUUUGAAAUCUUGGUCACGUUUGUCUACACAGGUGACUCGACAGGAACUUCACACCAGUCAAGAAGCUCCUAUGUCCCCAGAGAGAUCCUCUGGGGCCAUAGGUUUAACGAUGUCUUACAUGUAAAGAAGAAAUAUUAUAAGGUGGAUUGUUUGCAGUUUGAAGAGACCACCGAGGUUUAUGCUCCCCACUGCAGUGCCAUGCAACUGGAUCGCAAGGAACGGGAAUGGAACUGGAGUGAGAAGACACAGAAAAAGGAACCAGAGACAUCAGUACUGGAAAUGAAGUCAUUUAACCCUAACAAGAAAUCGUUCAGUGCAGUUGCCCUCAUCACCAGUUGUGAAGAUCCAGAAGAGCCAGUGCCAGCUGACAAUCAGCCUUCUGGAGAAGAUUCUUAUAAGAAAGCAGCUGUGACCUUAAGUAGGCUAUCAGUAGAGUCCCAGAUCUAG